AGUGGGCACAUCACUAUGGCACAGCCAUACCGUAGGCUUACAGUAUGUUCUGUUUUGUUGUGGAAUGACGUAGCAUGUCUAAUUUAAUCUUCCCAGCCAGCAGCCGAGACAACUUCCUCGUAUGGUAGUUUUAUUUUGGUCAGUCAGUGUGUCGAUUUCGGUCUGUGCUUUUAGAAUGUUGAGUCGACUCGGUAACCUGACAGGUGGAGACUGAGAAGCGCACAGGUGAACUGCCAUCGUUUACACGAUGAGCUACUACAGUGAUACGCCAAGUGUCGACGAUGAGUUGGAGUCGUUAGGAUGGUACCACUUUGACCUGUCCCGCCAUGCCGCUGAAGCUCUCCUCCUAUCCAAUGGGAAAGAUGGCAGCUAUCUCCUCCGAAACAGUCAUGAGGGUCCUGGCAGCUUUGCCCUCUCUGUCAGAGCCAAGGAUUCAGUUAAACAUUUCCAUGUGACACGGAAAAGCAGUGGCUACGCUUUUGGCUUCAAUGAGUUUGCGUCCCUCCAGGACUUUGUCAGCCAUUUUGCCAACCAGCCUCUGCUGGGCAGUGAGACAGGAACCCUCAUUGUUCUUAAAUGCCCAUAUCCAUGGCGUGUAGAAGAGCCGUCCAUCUAUGAGUCUGUGCGGGUUCACACUGCCAUGCAGACAGGACGAACAGAGAGCGACCUGGUGGCUAACGCUCCAUCGUUUGGAACAAAGGAGGGCUAUCUGGUCAAGUUAGGAGCAGUCGUAAAGAACUGGAAGCAGAGGUGGUUCACAUUAAACAGAAAUGAGCUCAAAUACUUUAAGGACAAAAUGUUUGAUGAGCCUAUUCGCACCAUUGAUCUGACAGCAUGCUCUGCAGUCCAGUUUGACUACUCCAAGGACAGAGUCAACUGCUUCUGUUUGGUGUUCCCUGAGAGGACAUUUUAUCUGUGUGCCAAGAGUGGUGUGGAGGCAGAUGAGUGGAUCAAGAUAAUACGAUGGAAACUGUCACAAAUAAGAAAAGGAAGAUGACAACAUGAAGAGGAGGAGCCAAAAGAGGCAUAUUCUCACAGUGAACUAAAUUACCUUAAGUCUGGUAGCUUGUCACUCCUGUUAUCCUCAGAGAUCCUUUCUGCUCCACAGAUGACUGGCUGGUAACCCAAGACAAAAGACAAUUGGGCUCUCUGACCAUCGAAAAAUGGCCAUGUAAUUUUCAGGACAUGCACAAUGACAAUGUUUUGGAUCUAAUCGUAUUUUUUUGCGAUAGAUUUGAGAUCUUCCAGGAAUUGUAUUUUCUCUAGAUUGAUAUCUUUCACUGGUUGACAUUCACUUGAUCUUAAUUUUACUUAAUUAACAAGAUGUAACCCUCAUACUGUGAAUAAAUAUUUAUUUUAAUAGAGAAACUAGCAACAAAUGAGUCAGUUUAUUAAUUACAAACACGAGAAAGGAAGGGGUUACAUUCAAGUACUAGAAAAUUAAGGCAACAAACACAGCAUCAUGACACUAACAACAUGUGCUGUAUCUAUGUCUUUCAGCAACAGAGCUCUCUGUAUGUGUGGGUGCGCAUGAUAGAGAUAAUAAAAAUGUAAUAUUUUCAGGUAGAUCCUUUUUCAUGACUGACUCUGUCACAUAAUAGUCCCAUUGCUGUCAAGGUGAUACACUCCUAAGCAACCUCCACUACCUGCCGUAGCUUUUCGAUUAGUGGUACGAGCUCCUUUUCCAGACGGAUAAUCAAACCUACAAACAACAGUUUGGAUAACACUUCAGAAUGCUGUACUUGUCUUCAUUCAUGCAGAGGAUAUAUAAGUAGAGAUCUUUAUCUUACCGGUGUUGGCACUACUGCUUGCGAUGAAAUUGAUCACCAAUGGUAACCGGUUAAACUGCACAAUCUGGAAAAAGGUGAGAUUGUCAGCAUAACAAGGCACAUGGGUCAGUGUUUUUCAAUCUAUUCUUGGGGAGCACCAGGGAAGGCACUUUUUUUUUUGUUCUAGCCCAGCACUAACACACCUGACUCAACUAAUCACCAAGCCACCCCAGGCCUACAUCCUUUAUAUGUUAGGUCCAGAUUUUAUUUACCUGGCAUGUGUUAUAGUAGCAGAUGAUACUCUUGUUUUUAGAGAGCCUUAGCUUACUGCCCUGGUCGGUGGCCAAUGCAAAGGUGGAGAGGAAGCCUGGCCGUAGAGCAUAUUCUGGUGCAUUAUCUUUCGCCACUGAAGGAGAAUGCAUCAGGUACACUGAGCACAACACAUUGGACAAGGACAAGAAAAGGUCAACUAAAUGACCUAGCUUUAAGAACAAAACACAGUUGUGAGGGAGACCUACCUUUAAUAACUGGGACACCAUCCCUAUCUGUCACUAUGAUUGCAUGAAGACCCUCAAAACUGGUGGAUAAGGAGAAAAAGAGCAGCACAUGACAUAACUCCUUUGUCAUAAUUCAAACUACUGAAAUUCACUUUUCACAUUAGGGAUUCCCAAGUUCAAUAUUAGGUUUCAGCAACAGAAGAAUCACAAUGAACACAAUCAUACAACAAACAAACAUACCUUGGUAACAGUUUGUACAAGUAUCUCUUCAAGUCCUGCAACAAAAUGUGUCAAGAUAGAGACAAGAUAGGUAGCUACCAGGGGUGCAACUAUGGUUUUAGAAGUGGGGGGAGGCAUAGUUAUUAUUUUUAUUUGUCACAUAAACACUCCAAAAAGCCUACCCUACCACUCGGAGCCGUCCUAAAGCACACCGUUGCCUCAUUUUGUAUCACAUUCCAAUGAUAAAACUGGGGGGGUUUACCCCUUUUUUACCCCACUGUUGCCACUUUUUUAAAUGCAACUUCAGAAUGUGGGGGGGGGAAGUUGUGCACCCAGUGAAAGUUGUGCCCCUGGUAGCUACUACACUGGUGUAGCAACUGGCUAUGACUUCAGCUAGCUAGAGAUUAAUGUAAUCAAUGAUUGGGUUCAAAUAAUUUAUACUUACAACAGCCAUGGUGGAAAUAUUACAUAUUUUAUUCCACCGUCAAUUGCUAGAAGAGAACUGAAUUAUGGUAAGAAUGUCUGUAAAUGUUGAGAAUAUCAGCAGGUCUUUUUUGUGCUCUUCCUAGCUUUCCUUGCUAUUUCGUUGACAGCUAAUUUAUCUCCAGCUGAUACUAGGUUUAGCAAGGUAGCUAGCUAGUUAGCUGGACUUGGUUGUUUUUCAUAUGUAGAACAAAAUGUAAAUGUAUUACUACCUUGUAAAUGUAUGAAUGCUAAUCCACUGUUACCCCUAUUUUAAAUUAUUAUAUAUUUUUUAUUUUAAGUAAGCAGCUUUUCCCACAGGCAAAUCAUAUGACUGGCUUAACCCAUGUUGAGCCAGCAACAUCUGAUUUAAGCUGUUCGAAAAUCCUUCAAAAUAAGAGCCAUGUAAACAGUGGAAAUUGUUCAUUCUGUUCAGUAGCACCCAGUAUCCAAAACCAUUGCAUUUCUGCAACUGGCUUAAUUUCCAUAAGACAUAUUACUAAACCUCGAAAAAAGGAGGGGAAAAAAGAAUAGGAAAUUAAGAAAUAGAUUAGAUAGAAAGUGGGCUACUUAGUCUACUUCUCUGGGGUUAUCAUGCCCCCAGCUCAAAUAGAGGAAACUAUUUAUACAUUUGUACAUCCCCACACAGCCUUCAAAUGUUCUUUCAAAUCUCUCCCCUGACAACAUAACAGGAGGUCUUGCUCAGAAUUUACCUCAAGGUUUGAAAUCUGAACUCAACAAUAAGGCAAUCCCAGUAACUAAUUAUGAUCUGGCCUUAGCAGUUUGAGUGAAACCUGCUGUUUGAAUAUCUGGCAUGUAUUUUCUGCUGUAGUGUCAGUAUUAUAUUGACCAAAGAAUGAAGCGCAAUAGGUCAUCUAUUUGUAUUUUAAUUUGUAGCUUAUAAAAUUGUGAUUUGGUUAGCAACUCGUUUCGUGAUAUAACAUGUGGGAACUGAGCAGCCCUCCUCAAAAGGGCCCCUUACUUCACUCUACUGUUACAGUAAUGAUCUUUAUUUCAUCUUUUCCACCUACUCCACAGCAAUGGGGGACUUUCAGAAAUGUGAACAAGACUUCUACCAGUCAGGGUAUUACAUCGAUGAUCAGGGACAGGUGGCCUAUGACUACAAUGGCUAUAACCUUAACCCAGAGUAUGAGUAAGUACAGUUGAAGUACAAUUAACGAUGGUCAUUAUGGCCAAACAGUUCUAUUUUGUUUCAUCAGACCAGAGGACAUUUCUC